UGGGAAAGCUCGGGGCUUCAAACAGGCAGAGCCGAGAAUCAGCUGAACAGCAGCAUCGCUCAGACUCAGAUUCAGAGAGAGAAACCCAGAGACAAACAUGAAGAGAAACCACGACUUCAGCUCCUCGGACAGCGAGCUGGACGAGAAUAUCGAGGUGGAGAAGGAGAGCGCGGACGAGAAUGUCUGUAUGAGCUCUCCUCUUGGUUCAGCCUCUCCGUCCACAACGUCUCAAGUUCAGGCGAGAAAACGCCGCCGAGGGAUAAUCGAGAAACGGCGCAGAGACCGGAUUAAUAACAGUCUGUCUGAGCUGAGAAGACUGGUGCCUAGUGCCCUGGAGAAACAGGGCUCAGCUAAGCUGGAGAAAGCAGAAAUUUUACAGAUGACUGUGGAUCAUUUGAAGAUGCUUCAUGCAGCUGGUGGCAAAGGUUACUUUGAUGCACACGCACUGGCCAUGGAUUACCGUGGCCUGGGUUUCCGAGAGUGCCUGGCUGAGACUGCCCGAUACCUGAGCAUCAUUGAGGGCCUGGAAAACACGGACCCGCUUCGUAUUCGCCUAGUCUCCCAUUUGAACAACUACGCCACUCAGAGAGAAGCUCACACCGGCCUGGGUAACCUGGCUUGGGGCUCUGCGUUUGGCACCCCACCAAGCCAUUUAGCCCAUCACCUCCUCCUCCCACAGCACCAACAGGGGGCACUUAUGUCACGCAGUAGCAGCAGUCCCGCAUCCUCAUCUUCUUCUUCUUCCUCCUCCUCCUCAUCAUCCUCUCCGUCUGCACCCUCAUCAGAGGCCCACAGCUCCAGCAGGUUGACCGGCACUGUCAUCAGCGAAGCCGGCCAAGCCGGGCCCCUGAGGGUGACCCCCGGCACACCCUUACCUCACGGGCUGUCGGCUGCCUCUGCAUCCAAGCUGUCACCUCCCCUUCUCACGUCAUUGUCCGGCCUGUCUGCUUUCCCGUUCCCUCUGAGUGCCUUCCCUCUGCUCUCGCCAGGCUCCCUGGGGCCUGCGACUCCCUCCAGCAGCUUGGGUAAGCCCUACAGGCCCUGGAGCAUGGAGAUUGGGGCCUUCUGAACGUUUAAAGCAGCGCUUACGAAGAGGAAGGCGGAUAUCCAUGGACAGAGAGUCAGACCAGAAAUGACUUCUGAAUCUGAAUCAUUGCGAGAGGACAGAGCUUUUCCAGGCAGGACUGGACAAAUUGGAAACGAGGCAAUGCAGAACUAAUGGCUGACUAUUAGCUAUUAGCUGUGUUGUUUUCUUAAGAACAAAAAGCCUGCAUUUCCAUCCCUCUGUGAGAGACUCCUCUUUCCAGCUAAUCAGGGAUAGGUUGUGCUGAUGGCCGAGCUUUCUGCCCAUUAAUUUAGUCAGACUGUUUCUAUUGUCUUUUAGUAGACCAGGGUGCUCUGCUGGUACAAACCCUGCCUUGCUACUGAGUGAAACAGAAAGAAAUAUGAAGAGAUGGGUAUUUGUGGGAAUGAGGUACUGAUACUUUUAAAAAGGCGGUCAGAGCUGGUGUAAUACCUAGAGCCAGGAGUUUAUCUAAAAGGAAAUAAAUUCCAGUGAGUAGUUAUAAAUGAAAAGCAGAAUAUUUUGUCCCAGUAUUUAAAUUUACAUCCUUAAGCUGAAAUUCUGUACAAGCCUCAUGUCUCCAGGGUGAAAUAUAAGGCAGUUAUUGUACUCCCACUCAGAUCUUGGCAGGAUACCUUGUUGUAUUUUGUUUGUAAUGAACAUGAAGUUGGGUAGCUAUGCAAUCAGUGAUACUACAUGGUUCACAUGGUGUUGAAUUUCGGCUGUAUGAUUUGAAGCAUUUCUUAUUAUGUUGUACAUAUAUACUGUAAAAAAAAGAAAAACUAUGCAAAAGAAUGUUUAUCUCAACUGAAUUAUUUGGAUUUCAUCAGGAUUUCCGUACUUCAUCUAUUUAUAUUAAAUAUCUAAAUAGGGGUCAAAUCACUGGUAAAACCCCAUCAGCCUUUAACACUCUCUCACAAGAGAUCACUUCACUACAUAGCACUUCUGUGCUACAGUCAUGUUUCAAGACAAGACAGGAAGACAGAUGAGCAAAACACACAGAUAAAACCCUCAACCCAAAACUCAGCUUUCUCUCUCUAAUGGUGAAAUUCGCACACGGAAAAAAGUGCGUCUACAUGUAAUUUGUUCAGAAAAAGUAUAAUGUAAUAUUCAGAGGUGUUUGUAUAUUUUAUGUUUCUUAAAAAAACACAAAGGUGCGCUGACAAAUCUGAUAUGUCAACUCUGUUUAGCAGAGAAUGAGAGAGUGUGUGGUGGACAGUGCUGUGACCUGUAUCACCCCCUCUCUCAUCUGUUGGCCUGUUUUCUUCUGCAAUAAAUCAUAUGCGUGCAA